AGACAAGGUCACUUUUUUUAUUGGUUAUGUCUACUGUUACGUAUAUUACGCGUCAGUUUUGGUGUUUAUUGUUAAAUUAUAUUAGAAAUUGAAAUUUUAACCAAUUAUAACACUUUAAUACUUUCAAAUGGUCUUCAUAGUAUAUAAAUAAGUUAAAACCACGUUAUUAUUUUGCUACUUUUAGUAACAUCUUUUGCAAAUUUGCUUUCAUUGACAAUCUUUCAGACUCAUUAAGUACACUUCUAUUAGAACGUUUUUAAGAGGACAAUGUCGCUGACGUUUGUCCAAAGAAAUAACAGGCCUCCUCCAAACCCUGCACAGAUCCAGAAAAUGCUGGAUGAAAAUGGCCAUUUAAUACAAACCAUUCAAGAGUAUCAAAGUAAGGGCAAAGCUCAAGAAUGUUUACAAUAUCAGCAAGUCCUUCAUAGGAAUUUAGUGUACCUAGCAAGCAUUGCAGAUGCAUCACAGAAUGUGCAUGCCCUUUUACCACCUCCUCCUGGUGCAAAUCCUCCUUCUAUACCCCCAUCAAGCACAGAACAGCACAUUAACAAUUACAAUCCCCAACAGCAGCAAGGCUACCGUCAACCUGCUAUUCCUCAAAGGCCAGCUGGGACUCCUCAACCUUAUCCUCAACGUGGAUACCAACAAGGUCAAUAUCCAGGUCAGUUUAUACCCCAAGGGACUUCAUAUCCCCAGCAAAGUCAAUUUCCAUCAAAUCCACCCAACCAACCACCAGGAUAUCCUGCAGGUUCUCAGCCAGCAUAUGGGCAAUUACCAUCCACAACAAGCCACAGCACUUAUCCUCAGUCAGGAUAUGGGACACCACCUCCAAAUGGUGCUCCUCCGCAGUCUGUUCCCUACCCACCUCCAGGUGCUCCUGCACAUAAUCAGCCUUCCUCUUAUGGUGCUCCUCCAGUUUCAUCACCAUAUCCUCCAGCAGCAAACGGUCCUCAAAAUUAUCCACCCCAACAGGGUUACCCUCCACAACCUCAAAACUAUCCUCCUCCACCACCUAGCAGCCAGCCUCAAGGGGCUCCGACGUAUUCUGGCCAACCAAGUCCAGGACCAGCCAAUUACGGACCUGGUAAUACUCAAUCUCCUCCAUUUACCGGUUCUCCGCCAAAUACACAGGCACCCGUAGUUACGUCUGCACCAGGCCCAGCUCCUGUUACUAGCCAGGCACCCUAUCAAGCGCCCUACCCUUCAAGUACGCAACCUUCAAAUAUUUCACCAGCCGCGUAUUCGGCACCGAAUCAAUCAUAUCCUCCUGCACCUACGCCUAGUAAUUACGGUUAUGGGGCACAAUCCGGAUAUCCACCUCAACCCCAUUAUGGAGGUCAACCUCAAGGCUAUCAGUAUCCGAGACCGCCAGCCGGACAAGGGCCUCCCCCUCAAGGUCAAUACGGUUACAAUUAUCCGCCACAACCGAACCCGCAGUAAACGAUUUCAUGAAUGUUUGUUUUUGCUUGAAUUACAUUUUGAUUAUAUGGACUGAUCAGUUAUUGAAUAUAUAAUAUCAAUUUA